UUACUUCUAUGAUAGUUACAUUUUGAAUGUUUGGAAAGGUUCUGUUUCAGUUCUCACAAUUCUUACAUUAACAUCAGAUGAAGAAACAUGCGGUACGUGCAUAGAAAAAUCAGCAAUUUUCACUUCUCUAUCAAUUUGCCUUACUUCCUGAGGCAGAGAGACAAGAGGAUGUCGGACAUUUACGUCGACAAGAUUUUUUCCAAGGCUGUAAUAUAUCCUGUUGCGAAGAACAGAGAGAUGAGGCACAAUCAUGGAGACUUGUCGAGUAAUUGCUGGGAGUCACUGAGAAUACAUUAGUGACCAAAGUGAAUUUAUGUAUCGUCAAAGGAGGGAGGGAGGGAUGGUAGGCGGUGCUCCAGGCACCCAAGAACAGCCUGUGCAACAGUGGGAAUAGAGAUUGGGGGAAUAGGAGAGUGAGGGGUUAAGUGCUUGUAAGUGUGCCUGGCAUCAUACAGAAACGGUCCAAGUGCUAGAGAGAAUGCUAGGGAGUGAGAUGCUGGAAAAGGAUGUAAAAGGGCGAGGCAUCUGCAUGACUGUGUCUGGACACACGGAUGUCACCCGCAACCAUGCUGAGCCCCAAGAUAAAACAGGUUCGCCGAGGCCUUGCUCUCCUCUUGACCGGGAGAAAGUGCUGAAGGCAGGCUGGCUGAAGCGACGGCGCAUUAUCAUGAAAAACUGGCAACUACGGUGGUUUGUCCUCAAGGCUGACAUUUUGUAUUUCUACAAAGACCAGAAUGAAACCAAGGAACAGGGUUGCAUUCAUCUCAAAGGCACCCAGGUGAAUGAGCUGACCACCAAUCAAGAUGAUUCAGGCCGUCAUUUAUUUGAAAUUGUUCCAGGAGGUGAUGCAGAACGCGAUCGCAACCAUGAAUCGUUCUUGCUGAUGGCUAACUCCGAGAGCGACUUGGAGGAAUGGGUCAGAGCGAUACACAGAGCAAUAUGGGCCCCACUUGGAGGAGGUAUCUUCGGCCAGCACUUAGAGGAGACUAUGCUUAAUGAGGCACAGUGUGGUCCGCAACGAAGGGUGCCGGCGCUGGUUGAGCGGUGCGCGUGCUUCAUACGUGACCACGGCCUUCGAGAAGAAGGCCUUUUCAGGGCCCCAGGCCAGACCAGUCAUGUUAGAGAACUGCAGGAUGCGUUUGACCGUGGUGAGAGUCUGUUGUUUGACAGUAGCACUGACGUCCACACGGUGGCGUCACUCCUGAAGCUUUAUUUACGGGAGCUGCCGGAGCCGGUCAUCCCUUUCACCAAGUAUGCACAGUUUCUCUCUUGUGCAUUGCUACUCAACAAGGACAGAGAAAUGGGUAUCAUAGCGCUUGGCAAGCAGGUGAAAUCACUUCCCAAGGUCAACCACAACCUUCUUGAAUACAUCUGUCGGUUUCUCGAUGAAGUCCAGUCUCAUUCCGAUGCCAAUAAGAUGAACGUCCAGAACCUCGCCACUGUAUUCGGCCCAAACGUGCUUCGACCCAGAGUGGAGGAUCCCGUUACCAUGAUGGAGGCAAGUUCUCAGGUGCAACAGCUGAUGACUGUGCUGAUCAGUGAAAAUGCCAGACUUUACCAGCUGGAAAACACUGAUACUAUGAUCGAGAAUUCUUUGCUGCAUCAAAAUGAUUCCAUCCAUAGAGGCAAAGUGGAAUGGCUUAAACAAGAGCCCGCCGAAUAUCCAGUGGAAUCUAACACAGGUGCGGAAAUACCUCAAAAAACUCCUCAACCUUGUACACCCUCGAAGGACAAUAAGCUUACACCAUCCAUCACUACCUCUGAGCCCGAUGAAAGUGUUCUAGUGAAGAGUAAGGCAGAGGAGAAUGGGGUCGGUCACCCAAAUCACAAAGAAGAGGCCAGCGCUAGCCCCGCUAAGCAGGCCAGAGUCCUCUCUGCAUGGAAGUGCUCUUUUAAGGGCAGUUCCGUGGGGCCGAGGGGAAACAUCGGGGGAUCAGCGGGGGACGUGUCAGCAACAGGUGCUGGUAACUGGUUGAUGAAUGGCCUGUCGUCCCUCCGAGCACACAGGCGCACCACCUCAUCUGGCACAAAACUAAAAGACUCUGCUCCAUCGCUGAAGGAUUCGACCCUGUCGCUGAAAGAGACCAUAGCGAGAGACGCCGAGAAGGACGCCUCUUGGGCGCCGCCCUCUCAGAGAGCCCUUCACCAGUCGCAUCGAUUGUCCGCCUAUGAUAAUGUCGCUCCCUCCACACUAAGCUUACCGGCUCAAACCUCUUUAAUCUGGACUGCUUUUGAUAUCUCACUGGCUGAGCCGGAAGACGCCCAAAACACAGUGCGUGACGGUACAUCACCUCCAGAUCAUGAGCCAAGUACUGCUCAGAAUGACGUUCUAACAAACAUAGUAUUAGAGUUACAAGAAGAACUGAAGACACAGAGAAUCACCUUUGAAUGCAGCGCUCGCAAGUUGGAGGAGAACUGCCGUAAGCACCAGGCCCAAAUAAACAAACUUGAGGAGGAGCUCGACCAUGAGAGAAAGCGGUUCGACAUGUUGGAGAUCCGAUUCAGGAACUCGGAACGCGCACGCCAAGAUGCAGAGAACCGCAACGUGCUACUCCAAAGGGAGAUGGAAGACUUCUUUAAAACUCUAGAAGACUUGACAACAAAGCCCAACUAGACCGGAACAAUUUAUCAUCAUCAUCUGGUUUUAGCCAAGGUCAACACCUUGAAAAGCAGUUUCUCGACGCUCAUCAAUUGCUAUAUAGAAGUCGAGUGUCAAUUCAUACGGCUUAGAGCUUUGCCAAGGCCAAACAUUUUGCAUAGUUAGGAGGCAAAUUCCUGGUUAACAUGACAAAAACAGACAGGCGGUGCUAUUAUGAUUGCGGAUGGUUGACAGUUCUAUCGGUGCCAACGUGUCAAAUCUGCACUUUUAUCCAGAGUCUCACCAAAAUGUUAUGGGGUCUUUCUUGCCCGAUGCUCGGCCUGUUUUUGUGGAACUACUUCUUUGAAAUCUGUCACUUGGAUCCAUCCUUAUAUUUACUGUUAAAACAAAGCUAUGAGUGGCUUUCGCACAGUGCCGUUUGCCUACAGUGACCAACUAUAUUAGGGUGCCAAAAAUGUAUUACCUCUGGACAAUUCAAUUCUUUUUUUUUUUUUAAGCAUUGUUGCAUAACUUAUACAGUGUCUUCCCUUUUGGGAGAGCACCAGGGCUGGACUGGCACAAAAAAAUUGGUCCUGGCAUUUUGGCUCAGACCGACCUGCAAGCAGAAAUG